AUGCACGUGCAGAGCUCGCAGCAGGUGUCGGCUGUAACGGGUGAUGGAUGCGGACACACCGUGCUGGGCCCCGACAGCGGAACUCUCGCUUCGAUAAACUACCCGCAGACGUCUCCCAACAGCACAGUCUGCGAGUGGGAGAUUCGGGUGAAGCCUGGCCAGAGAGUUCAGCUCAAAUUCGGGGACUUCGAUAUCGAUGACUCGGAUUCUUGUCAUUCCAGCUACCUAAGGGUUCACAACGGGAUUGGCCCCACCAGGACAGAGAUAGGAAAAUACUGUGGCUUUGGCUUUCAGAUGGAUGGUUUAAUUACUUCGAGAAGUAAUGAAGUGACAGUGCAGUUCAUGAGCGGAACGCACACUUCUGGGCGAGGAUUUCUGGCGUCGUAUUCGACCACCGACAAGUCAGACCUCAUUACCUGUUUAGAGAAUGCGAGUCACUUUUCUGAACCAGAAUUCAAUAAGUAUUGUCCAGCCGGAUGCGUGAUUCCUUUUGCUGAUAUUUCUGGGACUAUUCCCCAUGGAUACAGAGAUUCCUCCUCCCUCUGCAUGGCUGGCAUUCAUGCAGGCGUCGUGUCGAAUACGCUGGGUGGCCAGAUCAACGUUGUCAUCAGCAAAGGCAUUCCCUAUUACGAAGGCUCUCUGGCUAACAAUGUCACCUCAAAAGUGGGACCGUUAUCUACGAGUCUCUUCACAUUUAAGACAAGCGGUUGCUAUGGGACACUGGGGAUGGAAUCUGGAGUAAUUCCUGAUUCCCAGAUUACAGCAUCAUCUAUUCUUGAGUGGUCUGACCACACGGGACAAGUGAACAUUUGGAAACCGGAGAAUGCCAGGCUGAAAAGGCCUGGGCCUCCUUGGGCUGCUUUCAUCAGUGAUGAGCAGCAGUGGUUGCAGAUAGACUUGAAUAAGGAAAAGAGAAUAACAGGUAUUAUAACCACUGGGUCAACCUUACCUGAGCACUACUAUUAUGUGUCAGCCUACAGAAUUUUAUACAGUGAUGAUGCGCAGAAAUGGAUGGUGUACAGAGAACCUGGCACUGAUAAAGAUAAGAUAUUUCAAGGGAACACUGAAUAUUACCAGGAAGUUCGCAAUAAUUUCAUUCCACCUAUUAUUGCACGUUUUUUCAGAAUUAACCCCUUAAAAUGGCACCAGAAAAUUGCAAUGAAAGUGGAACUCCUAGGAUGUCAGUUUAGUAUAGGCCGUGCUCCAAAAUUUUCCUUGCCACCACCACCUCCGAACACCAAUGAUGACAAGAACGAUGACUUCAGUGAUGACUUCAUUCAUUCAGUGAAGACUUCAUUGGAGACAGAUAAAACCACUUUCACACCUGAAAUAAAAAAUACCACAGUCACUCCCAGUGUAACCAAAGACUGGAGAAACCGCAAGAAAAAAACUGAAGGUACCUAUGAUCUACCUUACUGGGAUCGUGCAGGAUGGUGGAAAGGAAUGAAGCAGUUUCUCCCCACCAAAUCAGCAGACCAUGAAGAAACUCCAGUUCGCUAUAGCAGCGGUGAAAUGAGUCGCCUAAGACCCAGAGAAGUCCCAGCAAUGUUACAGACAGAGUCUGCAGAGUAUGCCCAGCCGCUGGUAGGGGGGAUGGUUGGCACGCUGCAUCAGAGAUCCACCUUCAAACCAGAGGAGGGGAAGGAGGCAAGUUACGCGGAUCUGGACCCCUACAAUUCCCCUGUGCAAGAAGUCUAUCACGCUUACGCCGAGCCGCUGCCUAUAACUGCACCCGAAUACGCAACGCCCAUAAUCAUGGACAUGUCCGGCCACGCCGGCGCGCCUCUUGGCGUCUCUCCCAUUUCCACCUUCAAAGCUGCAGGGAAUCAGGCUGCUCCCCCAGCAGGACCCUACAACAGACCCUCGUGUGGGGCAGAGAGCCCCUCGCCGGCGCGGGCGCUGUACGACACCCCCAAGGGGCAGCCGGGGCCCGGCGCCGUCGCCGCGCUGCUCUACCAGGUGCCGCAGGGCCUGCCCCAUCCCGCCGGCGGCGAUGAGCAGCCCAGGUAG